AUGGCGAGGGGGAAGAUCAAGAUUAGGAAGAUAGACAACAAGACCGCGAGGCAGGUGACCUUCUCGAAGCGACGGAGGGGCCUGUUCAAGAAAGCGAAAGAGCUGGCCAUACUCUGUGAUGCCGAAGUGGGGUUGAUCAUCUUUUCCUCCAACGGCAAACUUUUCGAAUAUUCCAGCAACAGGUGCAGAUCCUUUCCUUUUAGGCCCUUUUCGAGCUCUCUCUGUGUCUGA